UGUUCCACAGGAAGCUGCGGUCUGGAGGAAGCCGAUGUUUCUCUGUUUCUAAAUGAAUCAGACGCUGCUGAAGCUGUUUUGCUCUGCCUACUGACAACAGGAAGUAAAAACCUGCACAGAACCUGCCUGCCUGUCUGUGUGCUGCCGUGUCAGUCAAACUGUCUCUCAACAGCUCGGCAUCACUUGUGAUCAUAAUUCACAUCAUGGACAUCAAGCUGUAGUGAAGAAGAUGUGAAACCAGCGACUGAGACCAUAAACUCAUCAGGAAACUGUUGACUGAGGACCCAGGGUGCAUGAUGGGAUCUUUCCGGCGUCCCAGGCCUCGGUUUAUGAGUUCCCCUGUUUUGUCGGACCUCGCCCGGUUCCACGCCAGCUCACCUGCACUACAGAUCUCCAACACCAGCGUGUGGAACAGCGUCCAAUCGGCUGUGAUCAAGGUGUUCCAGGGUGGAGCGCUGCAGUCUAACGAGCUGUACACGCUUAACGAGAGCAUCAGGUGGCUCCUGAAAACUGAAAUGGGAUCCUUCAUCACUGACUACUUCCAGAACCAGUUGCUGACUCGUGGUCUGUCUGAAGUCCUGGACCAGGUCCUCCUCCACUCUGGUGACAAGCAGCUUGCCGUCCUCGCCGACAUGUGGGACAGAUUCUUCACAGAGAUUCUCCCCACCCUGCAGGCCAUCUUCUACCCGGUCCAGGGUCAGGAGCUGACGGUGAGGCAGAUGGCUCUGCUGGCCUUCAGAGAUCUGGUGCUACUGAAGCUCCACCUGGAGGAAACUUUGGGAACUGCAGCCUCCAUCCCUCCAGCUGUCACACAGAUGCUGCUGGUGCUGCAGGGAAUCCACGAGUCUGGAGGUCCCAGUGUGGAGUACUACCGGUUGGAGCGUCUGGUGGAGGUCGUCGUGUCUCCGUACCUCAGCAACGUUCUGCAAAACAGAAACCAGCUCCUGUUAGAAUCCCGCCAUCUGCGCACGUCAGGCUCGUUGCUAGGCGACCAGUCCCAGCCGGAAAUCACCGUCACUCAGCAUCACAACUCGUCCGACUCGUCGUCUCUGGCCCCACUGGUGGAGCAGGAGGGCGAGGCGUACCUGGAGAAGUCUGGCGGCGUGCGGCGGCACACGGUGGCCAACGCACACUCUGAUGUCCGGCUGCUGUCGGCAUCGGGCAGGAUGCGUGCCAGGACGGAGAAGGACGAUGGGCCGGGAGCGGGUGAGGCAGGUGUGAGGUUUUUGAGUCCCAGGCCGUUUUCCAGCCAACCGGACAUGGUGGAAUCUCCAAGGGGAGGAGUCAUCUGCUAGCUGGAGCAGCUAACGAAUCAGUGGACACGCGAGGAGGGGGACUGGAAAUAACAGGACAUUAUGGGAAUUAAAAAUGAGUACACGAGCAGUCAGAACCUGACAAGAUAAUAAAGUAUGAGAGAACAGAAAUAAUGAGACGGGGGAGGAAGUAAAAAAAAAAACAAGAUGGGACAAGAAAAUGGAUAGCAGGACAGGAAACAAAUGUGAGCAGCAGGAAACCACAGACAAGACAUAGGAGUGAGUAUGACAGGAAGUGACAUGAAUGAGCAGUUAAAGACAGGACAGGACAGGAAAAACUGCAGGACAGUACAAGAAACAGGAAGUGAGAGAACAAGACAGGAAACUGGAGUGUGGAAGUGGUCAGACCCACAGCUCCCAGCAGGCGGUACUGGAUCUGUACUGAGAGACUCUCUGAACCAGUGACUAUGCUGUCUACUAAAGUGCAGCAGCACUGAUCCGGGAUCAGGCUGUGGUUGUGCUCGGGUCGUGUUAACAUGUUCUCUUUUAGGUCUGUCAAUGAACAAUAAAGUUUAAUUCAACAUGUUACCGC